AUGACACUGGAAACAUUUACACUGGAAGCAGUCACACUGGAAGCAGUCACACUGGAAGCAGUCACACUGGAAGCAGUCACACUGGAAGCAGUCACACUGGAAGCAGUCACACUGGAAGCAGUCACACUAGAAGCAGUCACACUAGAAGCAGUCACACUAGAAGCAGUCACACUAGAAGCAGUCACACUAGAAGCAGUCACACUAGAAGCAGUCACACUAGAAGCAGUCACACUGGACGCAGUCACUCUCGAAGCAGUCACACCAGCAGCAAGGUGCCUCACAGUGCUCUCAGCUGUCUCUUGUGGGAUGGGCCCUGUGAUGCGAUUCAUGCUCACGUCGCUGCACACAUGGGAAGAGUGGGUGGAGGGCGUGGGAAGGGAUUUCUUUGAUGAGGGCGGUGAGGGUGGCAACGCCAGGUGGGAUGGGCCCCGUGAUGCGAUUCAUGCUCACAUCGCUGUGGAGGAGGGAAGAGCAGAGGGGUUGGGAAGGGAUUCCUUUGAUGAGGGUGGCAAUGCCAGGGGGGAUGGGCCCCAUGAUGCCAUUCACGCUCACAUCACUGUGGAAGAGGGGCGGUGUGAGGAGAAAGGCGGGGGUGUUGGGUUGGGGUGGGGAGGAAGAGAGUUGGGAAAUCGUUUAGCCACGUGGGGGAGGGCCCUGUGA